CAAUAUCACAAUAUCACCCUGGACUUUUACUUCUGUGUAAAAGUACUGUACUUUUACUUCUGAGCUACUUUGAGUGGAAAUGGAAAAGGUUUUCUGGUUGAUAUACAUCUAUUUUGGAUCGUUUGACAGUUAAGUCCCCUUCAGACACGGAAAAGCUGAGGAUCUUGGAUAAUGCAGAUAAUUGCAACACUUGGGAGUGAGGAGUAGGCAUAUCCAGCCUCACAGAACUGGUGCUGUGCAGCCACUUGCUUGUCCAUGCACUUGUGCUUCAGGGUGUUUCAAGGGCUCAAUAGCUUGGGCAGAGCAGCAGCCCUCAGCUCUGCAGGAGCAGCACCAGUGUGUGGUGCUGUGUUGGGUUAGAGGGGCACCAGCUUAUGCCACUCACAAGCUGCACACUUGCCACUGCCUCCUUCCCCUUACAGGAACACAGCCAAGCUGGCUGAAUCUAUCCUGGUUCUGCAACAUCAAAGUACCUGCAGCCCUCAGUGCUCCUGAUCCUGGAAAUAGUACAGAGGGAAACUGCAAAUGGAUUUGGAUUACUUACUAGUGAUAAGCAAAGGCUACCUGCUUUGCUUGUACAACUAAGAUAUCUUUUAUGAUAUCUUAUUUCAAAUCAAUAAAAAGUAUUUGGCAUAGCCAAAGCAUAAUUCAUUUAGGAACCUGCCACAAGUUUGACACGAAUAUUCCUUCUCUCUCAGAAGGGUACCACAAUGGCCAUGAUUUUGCUGCAUUUCUGAAAGCUCCUAAAAUUCCCUGAUGUUAUUCCUUUCCUCUGCUAUCUUGCAUCUUGGAGACUUGCAAGCAUUUUUAGGACAGCUAUGUUUCUCCUCCGUGUCCUUUUCCUGUGUUAUCUGGCAUACUCUGUUUCACCCCAUCACUUCCUACAUGAUUGUAAAUCCGAGAGCACUUGCAAAGCAUCAGGAUUCAGUGCUGCAUUCUUUGCCCUGAGCGCACCAAUUGCAGCACGAGGCACAGAGCCACCUGUUACAGACUGUGCUGGGAUCCCUGCAGUUAAUUUGCAGCUGUUGAGAAGAGAGGCUGGAGGAUUUCAGUUUAGAUACAACUUGAGGCCAAGGAUGGAGAGAAACAUAUGAAUCAGAAAUAGGGUUUGUUGAGGCAGAAUGGAAGAUUCCAGCUUGUGCAGAAAGUUCACUCACCCUGUCUUACAAAAUCAAAGCUUUGCCAGCUACAUCUGACAGAACUGACACCAGAUCCCUUUUGGGUCAGUGGGUUUUUUUAAUUUUUUGAAGGUUUUUUCUUCAAUUCAAAAGGCCACCACCAAUCAGCAUGCAAUCAAACUACACCUAAGAGUCUGUGUAUUAAUCUCUGAAAAUAAUCAGCAUUUUCACAUUAAUUGUUACAUUUAUCAGCAUUUGUAGGAAAUACACAAAGUUAUAGAUGAAAUCCUGAUGCUGGAUGUUCUAGGAGAAACCUUUUUCCUCUCACAUCCACCUCCACCUUUCACUAUUUGUCUUGACUCCAGUCUUCCUGACUUUACCUGCCACAUUCUGCUCUCUUCAUGCAGCCAGGACUCACCAGGGACAUUAUGAAGAGCAUGGGGGGGAGGAGGAGAAGCAGGUCAGUGUGGUCACUCUGCAGAAGUGAGUGCGUGAUGAGCCUCACUGCAUGGAUGACAGGUAAGAUUCCCUAAUUUGAUGUCGCCAAACACCAUUCAGGCUCAUUUAUUUGCACUUCCUGAGGAGAAACUGUGGAUUAACUUUAGAAGCUGUACCUGAAUAUUGAAUGAAUUAUAGCUAUCUUGAGCCACAGACAGAUGCCAUUGCUUUUUUUGAAGUAGCACAGGCAGGCAGUGUUCAUCUUUUGUCCCUCCUUAUUUAGACAGCUGCAGCUGGGCUCAGAGUGAUCUGUUCCAUAUGAGAGCAUGUUCCUGGUUUUUUGAAAAUGAUCAGUUUGAACUUGAUGGAUUUAGCCCUUAUUUUACUACGGUGUUUUUAUCUCAACAGGUGAGUUACAAAUUGAUUCCUAAGAAACUAAGUACUGUUUCACAGUGCUCAAAAGCAAGGAGCUAAAGUGAGGUUAACAAAAUGCAGGGCAGAUCGUCUCCUGUUAGAUGGGUUUUGUCAGGCUGCAAGGCACCCUCUUCAUUUUGGCUAUGCUGUGUGGGGAAGGGAGCAGUGCUUUGCUGACAUGGUCCAAAAGAAUCUCAGGAUGAGUUUGAGUUACAGGCAGCUCACUUGUGGAAGGUUAAUUUUGCAAAGUAGUCUGAUCUACCAAGAAUGAUAAAACUUUUGUUUUCCCCAUUCCUGAGUCCUGGCUUGAUUCUGUUACAGAGCAGGCUCCUAGUGGCUGCUUUCCUGGCCUCUUAACUUCUCCAAGUCUAGAAAUUUGAAUGGCCUCACCAUUGUCAAUGCUUUCCAUGGGGACUGAUCUUCUGCAUCUUGUUUCCAUCCCACCACUUAUGUCUAGAGAGACAUAAAAUAAUUACUGCAAGGAGGAGAUAUUUUUUAAUAUUCUGAAUCUGACUUUUAUGCAAGUCCUCAAAUCUAUAAAGUACCUAGCUUAUAAUUUUAACAGUGCUGCUGAAGGGAUUUUCGCACAUUAACCAGCAGUGCCUCACCAUUAGAUUUCUUCAGCUUCUGUAGAUUUUUUCAUAAUGUCUACUUCCAGAGUUUGAGACUACAUAGAGUCUAUGCUGAAAUAUCACCUAACACAUUACAUCUCUGAAAAACAAAGCUAAGUUAAAUAAUGCAAGUAUUGUAGUGUAUAUGAGCUCCCAAAAGUGAAUCAGUCUUACUGUAGCAAAACCCUUCUACAAUUUAUAAUGCUUUUCUUUUUGAAAUACUUUUCUGGGGGAAUUUUGAAUAAAAGACAGAUAUAAUCCCUUAAGAUCAUGACUGCUGUGAUGUAAAGCCUCUGGGUAGGCUAUUGUUCCUUAUUUUGUGUCUGCUUUCCUUAAGGAUAUUACCUCAGGAAGGCUCCCUUGGGUUUUUGUUGACAGACCAGGAUAGCUUGAUUAGUACCCUUGGAGGUGAUUCUGUAGGUAUUUACCUUUGCUUGGGGAAGAACUGCUACCAAAUUUACCAAGAAGCAGGGAGGCAGCUGGAGGCAUGGCUGGUUUUGCAGGCAGGUCUGUUAAAACCUCAAAUUGCUUCUCUUUGCCCAGUAAAAGGAUCACAAAACUGGUUCCUGGAACUUCUGCAUCUGAAAAACAUUCUAUAUCCCUGUAGCAUUCUCCAUCUGCCACUCUCCUCCCAGGUUUGGUGAAUCUUCUUAAGGACUGAAUAAUUCUCUAGACCACCAAGGCUGCAGCACAUUGGUGAGAGUAUUAAAUGUGACUCCUGGAGGAACCAGUCUGAUUUUUUUAACAGAGUGUGGGAGACAUAAAGCUAUCUUUUAAUGGGGUUAACAUUUCUCCUGCAACCAAAAAGUGCAGAUACCUGUGUUCUGUGUCUUUAUUGUUAUUCAUCAUAAAAGAUCAUCAAGUUCUGGAUGCAGAACUUAAGGAGUGCCUUUGACAACAUUUGGAGGACUACCACACUCAUCACAGGGACCAACAUUCAGUCAAAAACAAAGGUUUUCAGGAUGGUUAGCUCCUUGUCCCUAAACUUAGGAAGUCAGAGGUGUAUUUGCAGCAAAUCUGUGACAGAGAUGACCUAUGUCCAUAAAAACAGUCCAUGAUGCCAAAUGUGGUCUUCAAAAGGGAGGCUGAUUUCGCGCCUAACAAAAUAUCAAGUACAUUGUUGCAAGAGUAACAGUGUGGGUGUGUACACACUGAAGUUACCUGGCUCACACCUGACUUUUAAUAAAUAUAUUUUUCCUAAAGCUACUAUUCCACCUGAGUCUGCUUCCUCCCAAGCUAGCCCACCACCAGCAGUGCUUAUCUAAGGGGAUGGCCAGAGAGGAAAGAGACAGUAGAGGCAACCCGAGGCUGUGACUGCAGCCAAUUGUCUCUCCCUGGGGUAUUUAUAAGCUGCAUACUGGCGGGCAGGGGUGGGCAGUUGGCACCAUGACCUUGGGCGCUGGGGAGCCUGACUAGAAUUCCUGGGAGCCACGUGAGCUGGAGUGGCAGGAGCAGCUGCAGCCAAUGGGGAGGAGACCAGCACUGCUGUUCAGAUUGAGUUUCACUCCUGUGGCUUGAGAUUUUUCUCUUUCUCUCCCUGUCUUGCUUUUCCUCUUUGUUUACGGGAUUGGACCGACAAAUGCACUGAUGGAGCCCUAGCAAGCAAGAUGUUUGCCUAGUGGAUUUGGGAUUCUGCCUUCAGUGCUGAGCAACCACUUCUUGCCAUUGCCUACCACAGCUCCAGCCCCCUGACAUGGCUGGGCUCUUACGGCUCUGGGCCCUCUGAGCACACAACCCGCCCUCUUCUAGUGGGGCAUUUUACGUUGUGUUCUCUUGUAAGCACGUCCUUUUUGCUAUCCUUAGAGGUUAGUGCAUGAGGCUUUUUAAUCCAUGGGAGAUGGGCCAGGACCAGACAAAGCAACAGAUAGAGAAAGGACUCCAUCUUUACCAGUCUAACCAGACUGAAAAGGCCCUGCGAGUCUGGAUGAGGGUUUUGGAGAAGUCUGCGGAUCCUGCUGGCAGGUUUCGGGUUUUGGGUUGCCUCAUCACUGCUCAUGCAGAGAUGGGCAGAUACAAAGACAUGCUGAAGUUUGCAGUGGUCCAGAUUGACACAGCACGGGAGCUGGAAGACCCAGAUUUCCUUACAGAGAGCUACCUAAACCUGGCUCGCAGCAAUGAGAAACUCUGUGAAUUCCAGAAGACAAUCUCUUACUGUAAAACAUGUCUGAACAUGCAGGGUACCACUGUGAGCAUGCAGCUGAAUGGCCAGGUGAGCCUCAGCAUGGGCAAUGCCUUCUUGGGCCUCAGCAUUUUCCAGAAGGCUUUGGAGUGCUUUGAGAAAGCUUUACGCUAUGCGCACAACAACGAUGACAAGAUGCUGGAGUGUCGAGUCUGCUGCAGCCUCGGGAACUUCUACACCCAGAUAAAGGACUAUGAGAAAGCCUUGUUUUUCCCAUGUAAAGCUGCUGAACUGGUGAAUGACUACGGGAAGGGCUGGAGCCUGAAGUACCGUGCCAUGAGCCAGUACCACAUGGCCGUGGCCUAUCGGAAGCUGGGGCGCCUGGCAGACGCCAUGGAUUGCUGUGAGGAGUCCAUGAAGAUUGCCCUGCAGCAUGGUGACCGGCCGCUGCAAGCACUGUGUCUGCUCUGCUUUGCAGAUAUCCAUCGCAGUCGCAGGGACGUGCAGACAGCCUUCCCUCGGUAUGAUUCUUCCAUGAGCAUCAUGACAGAGAUUGGAAACCGCCUGGGCCUGAUCCAGGUGCUGCUAGGAGUGACUAAGUGCUGGAUGAUUCAAAAGGAGCUGGACAAGGCUCUGGAGAGCAUUGAAAAGGCACAGGAGCUGGCAGAGGGACUAGGCAACAAGCUCGGCCUGCUGAAGCUCCACUGCCUGUGUGAAAGGAUCUAUCGCACAAAGGAGCAGCAGCAAGAAUUGCGUGACCAUGUAGUGAAGUUCCAUGAAUGUGUGGAGGAGAUGGAGCUGUACUGUGGCAUGUGUGGAGAGUCCAUUGGGGAGAAGAACAACCAGCUCCAGGCACUACCUUGCUCCCACUUCUUCCACUUGAAGUGCCUGCAGACCAACGGGACCCGCGGCUGCCCCAACUGCCGCCGCUUGUCGGUGAAGCCCGGCUACGUCUGAGCGCCCCGGGCUCGGCCAGGGGCUGACGGAGCCGCUCCCGGGCCCCCUCGGGCUGUGCCCGGCGGGGGCGUCCUCGGCCUCCCCUGCGCGGGACCCGCAGCCCCGCUCCCUUCCCCCUGGCUGCUGUGUACGGGCACUGCUGUAAUAAAGGCUUUCUCCGGGAGACCGCCCCGUCUGCCUCCAGCGCUCCGGGCUCCGCUCGCCC